CGACAAGUUCAAUUGCCCGUGCUCCACCCGUCUCCAAAGUCGCCCCGGUCCUCUCUCGAGCCUUUGAUAUUUCGCUCUCCAUAUACAACUCCGUCACAAUGGCUUCAUCCGGUGUCAACGUCCUCCGCUUCUCAGCACUCGGCCUUGGUGUCGCAUACGGUUUCUACCACCAAUCCGCCAUCACUGCUGCCGACAAGCUCCGCGAGAACCAGAAGUUGUACGAGCACAAGCAGUCCCUCAUCAACCAGGCCCGUCAAGAGUACCAGAAGAAGACUGCUCCCCCGAGCAAGUCUGGUGUUGUUUCCGACCCCAGCGACCCCAAGUUCGACCUGGAAUCUUGGCUCAAGUCGGUCCAAUAGACAAUUCACCCUGCAUAUUCUCCCCUAUAGACCCGGCGAUACUUCCUUACCACGAGCACACGAGGAGGAUGCCUGUUUUUUAAUUCCGACAACAAAAAUGCGAUCUUCAAAAUAUCCUCGAGACUCGACAUGAUCACAUCCACGUGCCACCCGAACGACCAUCACACGAACGAUUUGAAAGACAGAAGAAACAGAAAGCUCUCAUCUUUACAGCCACCUCCGCCUCGUCCAUGCCGACUUUUCGCCCGCCUGUCUCAGAACUUCACUACAAGCGGUUUCUUCAUCUUGUUUCCGUACUCCCUGUUUCCUUCCUCCAAAGUGUAUCUACUCUGUAAAAAUAGGCCGCGCUUUUGCUCCAUGCGCCACUUUCUAGCGGGUAUAGACGAAAGUUUUUGUUUCUCCG